GUUUUACCUAACUCAGUGGCUAAUCAAGCAAUUGACGAGGAAUUUAGGGUUAGGCUUUGGAUUUUGGAUGCAGAUAAGCAAAUCCAUCGAUUGGUUAAUCUUUCUUCUCAUGGUGUAUAUGGGAAUUCCAUGAAGCAAUUCCUUAUCGUCAUCACCUACAUUGAUGAGGAAGAUAGGAGGAGAAGCUUUUGUUAGUUUGAUCGUUAUUCUUAAAUACUCCCAAUUUCCAUGGACAACCCUAGUUGCUGCCGUCUGUGUUUUUAUCAGUCUCACCCUUUCAAUUUUCCUUUUACUCCAGCACCUAUCUGCUUACAAGAACCCUGAGGAACAGAAGUUUCUGUUGGGUAUUGUGCUCAUGGUACCUACUUAUGCGGUUGAAUCUUUUGUGUCGCUGUUGAAUCCAUCGAUGAGUGUUGAAACUGAGAUACUGCGAGAUUGCUAUGAAGCUUUUGCGAUGUAUUGCUUUGGGAGAUAUCUUAUUGCAUGCUUGGGGGGUGAGAAGAGGGCAAUUAGUUUCAUGGAGAGGGAAGGGCGUGCAGGCGUGAAAAGCCCCUUGCURGAGCAAAGUUCUGAAAAGGGAACCAUUAACCAUAUUUUUCCAAUGAAUUUAUUUUUAGAACCGUGGCAACUGGGUCAGAGGGUUUACCAAAUCAUGAAAGCUGGAAUCGUACAAUAUAUGAUUAUAAAGGCUGUUACAGCUGUUUUGGCGGUGAUUCUUGAAGCCUUUGAUGUAUAUUGUGAAGGAGACUUCAAAUGGCAAUGUGGGUACCCUUACAUGGCUGUUGUUUUGAAUUUCAGUCAGUCAUGGGCUUUAUAUUGCUUAGUUCAGUUUUACGAAAUUACAAAGUAUGAAUUGGCACAUAUCCAUCCACUGGCCAAGUUUCUGACAUUUAAAUCAAUUGUAUUUCUGACCUGGUGGCAAGGUGUGGCUAUUGCCCUUCUCUAUUCUUUCGGGUUAGUUAAAAGUCCAAUAGCUCAGGAGUUGCAAUUUAAAUCAAGUAUCCAGAACUUUAUUAUUUGUAUUGAGAUGGGCGUUGCUUCUUUGGUUCACCUAUAUGUGUUCCCCUCAGAGCCAUACAAGCUAAUGGGAGAUCUGGUUCAUGGAGAUUUUUCUGUUCUUGGAGACUAUGCAUCUACCGACUGUCCAUUAGACCCUGAUGAGGUAAGGGACAGUGAGCGCCCCACAAAAUUACGUCUCCCACGACCUUAUGAUGAUGUGAAGAACAAAACCGCCAUUAGAGAAAGUGUUCGUGAUGUUUUUGUUGGUGGUGGUGAAUAUAUUGUUAGUGAUUUGAGGUUUACGGUGAACCAAGCUGUGCAACCUGUAGGGAAGGGAAUCACAAAGUUCAACGAGAAACUGCAUAAAAUAUCUGAAAACAUGAAGAAGACGGGUAAGGAUCAUAGAACAAGAGAUGACUGUUGCAUUAGCAAACGUAGAGUAAUACGUGGAAUAGAUGAUCCCCUUCUGAACGGAAGUUUCAGCGACAGUGGGGCCGCUAAGAAAAAGAGGCAUCGACGAAGAUCAGGAUACACAAGUGCAGAAAGCGGUUGUGAAAGUAGCAAUGACCAAAGCUUAAGCUUUGGUAAGUACCAGGUGCGUGGAAGUAGAUGGAUUACAAAGGAUUAGUUGCUUGCAUUAUUAACUGGAAAAAGCAAAAACAAGAUUCCGUUUACAACAGCAGUUUUGAUGCUUGAAAGAGCUUAACUCUAACAUGUAGCUGCCAUUGAAUAUAGCCCAUUUUUUUCCACCCUUUUAAUUAUGUCUUGUAUCAUCAAGGAUAGGGGACCUUU